AUGAGGACUCUUCGCAGGUUGAAGUUCAUGAGUUCGCCCAGCCUCAGUGAUCUGGGCAAGAGAGAGCAGGCAGCCUUGGAUGAGCGGGGGACGCAGCAGCGCCGGGCCUGCUCCAACGCUACCUGGAACAGUAUCCACAAUGGAGUGAUAGCAGUAUUCCAGCGUAAGGGUCUCCCAGACCAUGAGCUGUACAACCUCAAUGAAGGAGUCAGGCAAUUACUGAAAACAGAACUGGGAUCAUUUUUCACUGAGUAUCUGCAGAAUCAGCUGCUCACAAAAGGCAUGGUGAUCCUAAGGGACAAGAUCUGGUUUUAUGAAGGGCAGAAGCUAUUGGAUACCUUAGCUGAAACCUGGGAUUUUUUCUUCAGUGAUGUCCUGCCCAUGCUGCAGGCUAUUUUCUAUCCUGUGCAGGGAAAGGAGCCCUCGGUUCGGCAAUUGGCUCUUCUGCAUUUUAGGAAUAUAAUUACCCUCAAUAUCAAAUUGGAAGAUGCAUUAUCCCGUUCCAGAGCCAGAGUUCCACCCUCUAUUAUUCAGAUGCUGUUAAUACUUCAGGGGGUUCAUGAGUCGAAAGGUGUGUCUGAAGAUUAUUUGAAACUGGAAUCCCUGAUUCAGAAAGUUGUUUCUCCUUACUUGGGCACGUAUGGUCUGUAUUCCAGUGAUGGACCCUUCACGCACUCUGCCUGUAUCUUGGAGAAGCGGUUCUUCAGGCGUUCCAAGUCAGGGGACAUCCUUGCCAAGAACCCCGUGGUGCGAUCAAAGAGCUACAACAAUCCGCUGCUGACGCCAGUGGCCGAGUAUGAAACGGAGGGCAUAGCUGCCAACGGAACCGGCAUCCGAAGGCACUCAGUCUCAGAAAUGACCUCCUGCUUGGAGCUCCAGGGCUACUCCAACCUCACCACCAUCAUGGACAACGGUUCCAAGAGCUCCGUGACAACCAUGAAAAGCUCACUGCCAGGAGACCAGGAGAGGCCCAGCACUGGGUCAGUGCAGUGCUCCAGCAAACUCAGCACAGCUGAGCAGCAGAAAGGACUCUUCCAUACAAUUGGUGACCCACACAGGUCUUUUGAGCUAGACAGAGACACUUCCUUACUUCCAGUUCCCUCUUCCAGCCCCGAGAACAUAGUGGAUCAGAUUUUGGAGUCCAUCGACUCUGAUUCUGAAGGCAUUUUCAUUGAUUUUGGCCGAGGCUGUUCCAAUUCAUCAGCAUACAACAUGGAUGUGAACAGACAGAGCAUUGUGUGAAGGAUAUUAGGAGACAAACUAUGGGGUUUAAUAUUAUAUAUGAAAGCUACUAAGACGGUGUGUCAGACUAUGGGGCAAGCUGUCUGUGCCUGGGCAGAUUUAAGGCACAUUUGCCAAGUCAGGCUGUACUGGGCAAACACAGUUUGUUUAUAGCAGGUGGGAAUCUGCUGAGGGGGAAGCAACUCCAACUGCUUUUCCCCAUCCUUGUCACCCUGCAGAUGGAUUUCCUAUUUCUUUUUAAACUUAGGGGUUCACAAACUCACAAGUGUCUGGUAAAAUACUAUUAGUGCAGCUGGCAGUGUUCGUUCAGGAAAACAGCUCAGCAAAUAGCUGUGCUCACUUCUAAUUUUCUGAAGAGGUUUCCUGCAGAUGGUAGGUUGUUCUCUAAACUGUAACACCUCAGCCAGAAUAGAAACCUAUCCUUUAAAAACAAACAAACAAAUAAAACGGCUUUUGGCUUUCAUGCCACAGAAUACAAUAAUAAAGAAGUCUCUUUUAAUCUUUUUCUUGUCAUCCUUGUAUGCACUCCUUUGCCUAAUGGUGACUUAGAGUUCU